UGGUAUAGUAUAGAGUAUAGUUUAUGCGAGAUAGCGAGAACACACAAAUAAUCGGUGCGUCGAGCGAUUAUCGAUGGAAUAAAUCGGCUUCGUUUAUCCGUGAGAUUUUUCGAUAGAGUUUCAUUGCGGUGCGGUAGGCUGAUUUUCUCUGUCUUUUGAUAUUGGCCGUGUUCACCGAGUGCGUCGUAAUCAUGAAUAAUAGGAUCGUCAACGCGAAACUGGUGGAAUAUCAUACGAACAUAGUAACAGUGUAAUUUAGAAAUGGAAAAUUGAAUUAAGGCAUCCAAGAGUGGACAAAUGAUUUUCAUACACUUUUAGUUCGCGUGAACGAACAAAACGGGUGACUGUUGUCGUCGCGUGUCUCGAACGUGCAGGCGAAACCGUUUUCGAACGCAGAGCUCAGCAUGGUGAUACGAUUGUAAUUACCAAUUCGCAGCUUCCCGCGUUGCACUUGCUCACAUUUGCUCAGCCGCGCGAAGAUACAUAAGACUUUUUGUCCUUAUGAGUGUCUUUUGAAGUACGGUGGAAGUAUUAAUCUGUAAAUUUUACUCAAAGGAGGAUGCCAGUAACUAAACGUAUUCCAUGUCCCUCGCGAUCCGACGGUGGUAGCAGUGAAAGUCCAUUACUUGUGGAAGAAGGAGAAACAGUUGGCGCGCCUCAUAGUCCACGCAGUAAACAUAAUCAUAGUCAUUCGCAUGCUAAUCCUCAUAGGUCCCACAGUUAUCGUCAUGAAAAACCAAAACAGCUAGUAAAGUAUGGAGAGCUAGUUAUUCUUGGAUACAAUGGAUUCCUUCCGCCAGGAGAUCGGGGAAGAAGAAGGAGUAAGUUUAUUCUGUUUAAGAGGCCUGUACCAAAUGGCGUAAAACGCAGUAAACAUUACAUUGUCAAAACGCCUCACAGUUCGCAAGCUAUUCUCAACACAAAACAACAUUCAAUUUCGUACACGUUAUCCCGAACACAAGCCGUUAUCGUGGAAUAUACCGAGGAUGAAGGAACGGAUAUGUUUCAGGUCGGCCGUUCCUCUGAAUCCCCGAUCGACUUUGUCGUCAUGGACACGUGUGCAGGCGGUAGCGACGGAUCUAACGAAGGACGCGUUGCCCAAAGUACAAUCAGCAGGUUUGCUUGUCGAAUUUUGGCUGAUCGGUCGGAUCCCAGAAUCGCAAGAAUAUAUGCCGCAGGUUUUGAUAGUUCGAGAAAUAUUUUCUUAGGGGAAAAAGCAACAAAGUGGCAAGAAAAUCGCGAGAUCGACGGACUUACAACAAACGGAGUUUUAAUAAUGCAUCCACGGGGUCAGUUUUGCGGUGGUGAGGCACAGUGCGGCUUUUGGAGAGAAGUCAGCGUAGGCGGCGGAGUUUUCUCGCUAAGGGAGAGUCGAAGCGCCCAGCAAAAAGGAAACGUUGUGGAGGACGAGAACAACAUACUGCAAGAUGGAACGCUGAUCGAUCUAUGCGGUGCUACGUUACUUUGGAGAUCGGCCGAAGGUCUCGCAAAGUCUCCGACAAAACACGAUUUGGAGGAAUUAGUUGACGCUAUAAAUGCUGGAAGACCACAAUGCCCGGUUGGUUUGAACACGUUAGUUAUACCGCGUAAAGCAGCUGCGGACUCGGCUCAACAGCAACCAUACGUGUAUUUGAAGUGUGGACAUGUGCAAGGUCACCACGACUGGGGCCAAGAGAAAGACAAAGCGACGAGAAGAUGCCCGAUGUGUCUGGUAGCUGGUUCGGUAGUUAAACUUUCUAUGGGAAUAGAACCCGCGUUUUAUGUCGAUUGUGGCCCACCAACUUACGCGUUUAGGCCUUGCGGGCACAUGGCUACAGAAAAAACAGUAAAAUAUUGGGAAAAAGUCGCGAUACCACAUGGUACAAAUGGUUACAUUGCAAUUUGUCCAUUCUGCGCAGUCCCUCUCGAAGGUACACCAGGAUACGUGAAACUCAUUUUCCAAGAUAAUGUAGAUUGAGGUUUGUUUACCGUUCGGUCGUGAGUAUGUGUAGAAAUCAUUAACUUCUUAUAAAGUGCAAGGAUUAUUAAAAUUAAUAAAAUGUAAAUAAUCUUAAUACAACUAUAUAUAACAAAGUUCUGUUCUUCUUCCUUGAUAUAAAUUUAAGCAAACUUUUAUAUGUACAAAUAGCUCCGCAUUGGUUAUUACAUAAAUGCCAACAUAAAAUAAAUAUCCCUUCUUAUACAGUAUUAUUCAUAUACGUAUUAUUUUUUUAAGGCAUUAUCAAAUUGUUCAACUCUACGUGUAAUUUUCGAAAAGAGCAUUUUUAUUUCGUAUCCUUGUUCUAGCUCUUUUCUCUCUCUCUCUCUUUUUUUUAAAUUAGUACGAAACUUUGUUACUGUUGUUUAUAUUUAUUUUUCAUUAAUAGUUAACUCGAUACCCUACUACAUUAUAAAUAAAAAGUUCUUCGUUUAAAGAUUCAAUCUUUCACGGUUUUAAUUGUACUUGUAAUUUAAAAAUGAGAUUGCGAGAAUCAUCAAGGUUACAUCGUUUCAAACAAUAAUUACUUAAACGUAUAUAUUUUCGAACAUGUCUUCAUUUUUAUGCUCGUAUAAUAAUCACAUAAGAUCAAGUAAUAAUAUUAUAAAUAUGUAACAUCUCCAAAAGACAUGGAGUUACAUCUGCGCUAAUUCUUAUGUACACGAAACAGUAACUACAGUUAAAAGUAUAUCGGUAUAUCAAGAUCGAAUUGAUUAAGUGUAUUAGUAUAUUAAUAUCUAGUAAAUUCAAUCCUGUUCUUACAUUAACAGGAAUGUGCCUAGUCUCACACAAAGAUAUUUUUCUUCUUUCCUAUAUUGGUGUUAUUUGUUUCUCGGUAAUAUAGUGACGGAUAAUGUACAAAUUUAGUGUGGUAAUUUGCGAAUUAGUCUAUCGAAAAGAAAAGAACGAUGUUCAGCGAGCGCGAUUUCUGUUUUUACAUGUAAUGUGCACAAGUAAGCACGUGAAUUUCAUACGAAGAAAAUGAUUUAGGAUAAUUAUUAAUGACAAUCAGUUUUAUCUUUUCCGAUCGUUGGACCCACUACGACGAGAACGAGAUCGUCGACUGCGGCUAUUACUGCGCGAACGUUUCGA